AUGAUUGAUAUAUUCAGAGAUCCAAGUAUACUGCAAUAUGAAGUUGAUUUUACUAUAAUUGAACCCACUGGAGUAGAAGAGGAAGGGCAAGAGUCAGGGGUACUUAUAGGGGUAUUAAGAACCUUUUGCUAUGAAUGUUUCAGUAGUUUGACUGUUGGUGCAUUAGGAAAAGUUCCUAGUGUUAGGCAUGGUUACCAGAAAGGGGAGUGGGAAGCAAUUGGCAGAAUAAUUGUCUAUGGUUAUUCAUUUGCUAAGUAUUUCCCCAUUGCCCUGUCCCCAGCUUUUGUUGCAAAUGUGUUUUUUGGGCAGGAAACUUCAACACCUGAGUUUUUAAUUGAAUCUUUUGAGUCAUACAUGUCUCAAGAUGAGAGUAAAGUUUUAGAAAAGGCUCUUGGAAAUGACUUUGACCCCAAAGAUGAAGAUCUGCUAGAUUUGCUAAAUUAUUUCAAGUGUUACAAAAGUCCUACCAAAACCAACAUUUUCAACAUAGUACAUGAGCUUACUCAUCAAGAAUUGGUACAGAAGCCUCUAUAUAUUGUGGAUUGUCUUGCUCCAAUAAUGAAUAGAAUGAGGGUCUACACACCAUUCCAAACUAUGGGGGAUGUGCAAAAACUUUACAAUGAAAAGAAGCCUACUGCCAAAAGUGUAAUUAAUUUACUGUCAACAAAUCCUACACCAGAGGCUGAACAAAACAGUUAA